AGUUCGCAGAUUUCCUUAUCACACAAGUCGAUCAGUAAACAACCUGACGUGUAAAUACAGUCGUGGUAUAUUUCAAGUACGUGCAUAAUUAGUCACACACUUCUCGUGUGCAAAAGAUUGGUGUAUACUAGAAUCAGGAGAAGAGUGCCAAAGUUUUGCUGAAAAUGUGGCGGCCAUUUUUGCUGUUCUUGUUGGUUACUUUUGUUACAGCGCAGGUUCAUAUCAAGGUUGCAGCUCCAGAGAAUUUUGAUGAUGAUGACGACGAGGAAACGGAUUCUGUACCCCAACCUGUAGUACCACAGCAAGCUAGAAGUGAACGAACAAAUCCAUGCAACUUGAAGAGAUGUGGUCGUGGAGAAGAAUGUAUAUUGGAUGAAAACAUUAAUGCUAAAUGUGUAUGCAUCCGGGACUGUGCAGAUGAACUGGAUGACAGAUUUAAGGUAUGCUCUGUCAGGAAUGAAACAUUUGCCAGUGAAUGUCAUCUAGACCGUGCCAAAUGUCUAUGUAAGAAUGGAGACCAUGAAUGUAAGCAUUCGUCACCAAAGAAACUCAGGCUAGAUUACUAUGGAGCUUGUAAAGAAAUGACUUCAUGUGAGGACUGGGAGUUGCAACAGUUUCCAGGACGUAUGAGGGAUUGGACAUUUGUAGUCAUGAAAGAAAUGGCAAGGAGGAAUGAAUUAGGAGACUACCUUGAACUUCUGAAGACUGCAAAUGCUGAUGACCACCACACUGAUGCUGUUAUCUGGAAGUUUUGUAAUCUGGAUGUCAGACCCCAAGACAGACAUGUUUCAAGAAGAGAACUUCUGAUGGUAAUUGCUACAAUUAAACCAUUGGAACAUUGUCUGGUUCCCUUCCUUAACAAAUGUGACGACAACAGUGACCAUACUAUCACUCUUGACGAAUGGGGGACCUGUCUAGAAUUGGAUCAAGGUCAUCUUGCUGAUAAAUGUGAGGCCAUCCACAACAGAGCAAAGCGAACAUAAUUCUAAUACACAUAAUGCUGAUAUUGAUGAACUAUUUUAAUGCAAAAUUUGCCAAUCGCUAUCAAUGUAUGGAACAGUCAAGUGCAACAUUAUAUCAAUUACUGUUCUUGUGGAAGACUUUUAAUAUCAAAUUAUGUGAACAAUUAUGAAACUGUCUCUUUUUCUACAUGUGAAGUAUAGAUAUCUGUUCUUAAGCUUGGAAGCUUUAUAUCGUUUAUGUGUAUGUAACACUAUAGAAGUCUUGUAAAUAUGUACUUUUGUACUUUGUUCAUUUUCUUUUGUUUGUAAUAAUGUAGGCAUACAGUGUAAUAAGAUAGUUAUAAUGAGAAUUAGCUAUACCUUAGUACCUCUAGUUUAAAAGUCUUUCAUUAAUAUAAAUUCUGCACAAGGUUCAGGAAAUUUGGUUGGGGGGAGGGGGUGUUUAAAAAUCAUUGAUGAUUUUUUUUAUUUUUAGAAGCAAAUUGAUCUCACAUACAUACCACCCUUUUGUUCUGACCCUACGAAUGUAUUUUGAAUCUCUGUGCCAAUUUAUAAACUAAAAAUACUCUUAACAGCUUAUGUUUAAAAAAUUUAAUAAAAUUUGUUAUCAACAUUU